AUGGCGCGUCCGUGCUGCCAGAGGUCAACGCUCGGCCCUCUCAAGGACUUCGGGGCGAAGGGGGGCGGGUGGGCGCGCAUGUGCAAGGGCAGAGACUGCAAGCGCCGCGUACUGCCCCAUGCCUUCCACCCUAUCUUUCGCGUCGGUACUGGGAAGUCCCAUGCUGGGCUUGGUGACCAGGCUGCGAUAUUGUUCUGCGCUGUAUCUGGGUGCACGCAGGCGACAGUUCGCUACCUGCUGAAAAAGAACCACAAGUUGGCGGAAUCCAUAUACAAGUCUCUGUACGAUGCCAGAGCCAAGUACGCGCGGCAGGAAGAGAAGAAGAUCCGCUUCGGCGAGGAUGUCGAGUGGCCCGACGUCGAGGCGGACGAGGUCGACGUUGCCAAGGGCGAGGACCCAGACGCCACCUCGCGCACCAAGAAGCCAGUGGCGUGGGAGCAGUGGGGCGGGAUUGUCCAGCGCGGAGACCCUAAGUCGCUCGUCCUCUUCAGGCUUCGCCCAGAGAAAACAGUGCGGAGGGCGCCAGGCCCAGGCCCGAUCCGCAAGCGCGACUGGGCCCCGCUGGCCAAGAAGUGGCUCAAGCAACGCAAAGUCAUACUCCACACAGACGGCGCCCGCUCCUACAAGCUGCGCGUUGACGGCGUGGUCCACGACUGGGUCGUCCACAUGAAGAAGCGCGUGAAGGCCGCUGGUGUUUGUGUUUGGGUGGGUGGGUGGAGGAGGGGAAGGUGGCCGUCCCUCGCCGACGCCGAUUGCGGCGGUGCCCUUUUCUGCCGCAGAGUCAGUUGGCUCGACCACUUGACCAGAGGUACGAUGUGGGCAUUGUCAGAGUCGGCGCAGGCAAAGGACAGUCGGCCCCUGUGCCGCUCCUCGCAGGUGAACGGCAAGUACGCGUGGGUCAAGCCAGCCUUCACGAAGGUCAGGUAUCACGACAUUGCAGACAAUGGAUGUUCCAACAAGAAGAAGCGCAUCUGGGUGAAGUGCGGGACCCAGAUCAUUGACCGCGUCUGGGGCGGGUUGAGGCGCCACCUUGGCCCCAACCGCAAGGUGAACUCCCGCGCGCUGGCAAACAAGGUGAGGUCCUUCCAGCGGUGCUACUGGAACAAGGGCGAGGACCUGUGGGCGCACACGGGCAAUAUGCUUACCGCUCUGUUCCAGCAGCAGCACGAGUCCCCUGGUAUAUCUCUGCUCAUGACCAACCUCCCCGCCCUCGGAAUGAAGUCCCCGAGGGCGCACUUGGAGGUCGAGGGGGCGGACAGCGAGAAGAUCCAGCAGGUAUUCGAAAAGGUCCGCGGCCACGGCUCGGCCGCCCCGAUGCACCAGACGGCGUUGCACCCAGAGGAAUUCCAGGACGAUCCCCCAGCUCUCUACUCUGCAGGGGAUCUCCCCCUCAUGCCGUCUGAAGGUUGCAAGAAGAUGAAGCAUGCCUUCGCCGUUGUCUUGAACUACCAGGGGGGCAUCGACAUGGCCGCGGUGCGGGAGGCCAUGGCGGUCAACGACUACAAUGGUCUGCCAGGGCUAUUGCGCCCCAGAACAAACUGGGAAGCCCUUUACACGAUGCAGUUGGCACUGGUGCCCGCUGGCGACGGCGACGGGACAGACAUCAUCAAGUACUUUCUGUUCUCGGGCCCGCAGCCGUUGGUCGACGUCGAGAACCGCCUCCUGCGUGAGAAUGAAGUGUUGUACACGCUAUCUUGGGGCAAGGGGGCGGACGUCAAGACGCCGUGGAAAGUCUUGGUCUACAUGAUGGAUCGGCUCGGUGGCACGCACUUCCGUCACCACCUACCCCCGCAGGAGAAGGGCGCAAAGGAGAAGAAGAAGAAGAAGUGCCUUCCCCAGGACAUGAUCGUAUCCCAGUACCAGUUCAUUAAGGACAACGCCCCGCGCGGCAACUUCGAUUGCGAACAGAUGAUGUGGAUCGACUUCCAGCUGAACGACCCGCAAAGCCCCAUCCACAGCUGGAAAGAGGGGAAGAUUAAGGAGGUUCUCUCGCACAUUAAGGACCAGGGCAUUCAGGCGAACAAGAUCACGUACCACCCCAUCUUCAUCUUCGACACAGGGGGCGAGGGCGUCGAGCGCGCGAAGCGCAUCGUGCCUACUUUCAAGAGCCACUCCUGCCGCAUGGUCGGCGAGCCUGGCGAAGGGAAGACGCCGUACCUGGAGACGCUGGCAUUCGCCAUGGGCGACUACUACGCAGGCAAGCUGGGGGGCCGCGGCUUGGCCUCGCUCAGAGAGGGGCCAGACCUGGAUUUCUUCAGGGCCGAAGGGGGCACGAAGCACUGCCCGUGCGUCUUUGAUGACGGCGACUUGUUCGAGCAGCGCCCGAAGACGUUGAAGGCUUUCUUGGACGUCGGCCAGUUCCAGGCGAUGACGAGGGAACGGUGGGGGGCUGCCAAGUUCGUUCGGGGUCAGGCGCGCUUCGCCGCGGAGAACAUGUACGACGAGACGGCUGUCCCCACCAUGGACGCGUGGCGCGGUCUGUGCAUCUUGUCGCCAGCUGAGGCCAAGCAGAAGCGAAACCAGUACUUCUUCGACAUGCUCAAGCGCACGUUCCCCAAGGACAUGUCCAAAGCGAACGUCAUGGCCCUCUUGAAGCGGUCCUCCGCGGUCGUGAACACCCCCAAUGACGUGUUCGAGCGCUUGGCGGGUUUGGACUCGGACGUGACGAGGGCCCCGAAGGUUGGCCACUACAUUACCAAGGCAGCGGGGAACAUUCUCUACGACUACAUCCACAACGGCGCGAUGCGGGACGCCGAGGAAUACAACUCGCUUAGGGACAAGCAACUCCGCUUCAUGAAGGCGCUGCUGGACAAGGGUUCCGUGCCCCUGCCUCUCUCGGUCAAGGAGGAGCAGCCGCCUGACGGCGCCGAGGGCGGCAGUAGUUCGUCGGCGGCCCGCGAGCCCCUCCCGCCCUUGCCCGAGCGCAUCUGCUGGGCGAGGUCGUUCGGGAGCAUCCCGGAGGUCGAGAUCGACCUCUCGAGCUCGCCCGAAGAGGCCCGCGGCGCCGCCGCCGCGCCCAGUAGCCAGGACCUCGCCGCUGCGCUCGCCGAUGCAGACAACGGCGAUCCGCUCGGCCUGGGCGGCGGAAUGAAUGCCGAUGCGUCGGAAUAUCGCACAGCGAGACCCUUGCCGAUGCAGCGCAGCUGCGGCGCCCCCGCGGGCGAGAGCGCGUGGCAUGCCGCGUGGCGAAGCGCAACCUCCCUCGCGGAGCCAGACCUCCGCGUGGGAAUCGCGCUCCGAGACCCCCGCCGACCAGCCGAAGCGACGCAGCUGCGCCACCGCGCCUGGAGGCCGGUCGGCGUCGCCACCCCGAAGCCGCGGGCGAAAUGGCUGGCUUUCUGGCAGCAGCCUGGCUUCGUCUUCGGCGUAUCCACGGCCUGGCGAGGCACUAUCGGUGCGGCUGGGUGGCUCGGUCGCGGCACCGCGCGGAAGUCCGAGGAUGUCGUCGAGCAGACGCAGCUGAUGGGGCAGGCGCUGAAGCUUGGCGACAAGGUCGAGAGCAAGGAUAUGCAGAAGACUAUGGAGUUUAAGGGGCUCGCCGAAGAGCUCCAGCAGAAGAAGAUGAACUUGCAGAAGAUCGUCCAAGCCCAGGAGAAGUUAAGGGGCAAGUUCGAGCAGCUCCUGCAGACGCAGGCGCAGCAUAUCGAUCAGAUGAAGAAGCUCGAGGCGGAACUGGGCAAGCGCACAGCCGAGCAGGACCAGAAUAUGACUGAACCGCAGCAGCUGAAGCGCAACCAGGGCGAGGCCACUAGCGUGAAACUCGAGAUCGAGAACUCGUCCACACAGCUUGUAGAACUGAAGAUCGACCAGUGCAAGUUCUGGCAGGCGCUGAAGGACCUUGCGAAGCCUUUGACUUCAAGCGCGCAGGAGGUGCGCGCCAAGCUGGAGAGCACCCUGACACCACGAGAGGCACCCUGGCGGAAGCGCGAGGCUGCGGACAAGCACAGCGCAGUCGAGGCGGCGGUCUCGGCCGCGGUGGCGACGGCGGCGAAGACCGCGGUGCGCGCAGCCCUCGAGGUCGGGGAGGAGCAGGCCGCCGUGAAGGCGCAGGAGCCGCGGCGGCCCUCGCCAACGGAGAAGCUCCGAGGGCAAAGGCCGACGGCGAAGGUGGUCUUCCAGCGCGCUCUGCAGGCCAGCCGUCGGGAGCGCCAGGGCGUGGAGAGCCGGGACCCGGGCAUCAAGAAGCAGGACGACGAGUCCUUCAAGCCGCUGGAGCCUCUCCGGGAGGGGUCGAAGGCGAGCGUGGAGAGUCUUGUUGUGAAUUUCUCGGGUGUGAGCGUCGAGGUCGAGAAGCCUUUCGAGGAGAAGGCCGUGCUCGAGAGUGUCGGGGUACAGCGCGGUCAGGCCGCAGGUGCACGCAUCGCUUGGUACGGCAUGGUCGACAGCGACGCCAUUGACGACAGGGAGCGGUGUGGGGAGUGCGGCAAGUGCGGCCUGGAUAUGUGGUACAACGACAAGAACGGCGACAACGACGAGGAAGUGCUGGAGUGCGCAGUUGCGGCGAACCUGCCAGACGUCGCGGUGGUGCCCUGCAAGGCCGGUGAGGAGAAGGAGGUGCUCGAGGACAUCUUCGACGGCGUCGUCCGGGCGACGAUCGAGGGCGACGGCACGGAGACGGGCUGCUCCGACGACGUCGUUCAGGAAGCGAUCGAGGGCGACGGCAAGGUGAAGCCUGAGAUCACGUUGAAGGCCCUGGCCCUGGAGCACCUCGCGCGCUGCCAGGAGCCAGCGGUCGAGUGCCUCGACUCGGUGCCCGAGGUGCUGGCCGGCGUCAUGGGGGGCCCGGGCGGGCGCGCGCAGCUGAAGCCCGCCGAGGCCUAA